GAAGCCUGUGAUGUGUGAGGGGUAGGUGUGAGCUGUUUGCUUUCCUCACUACUGGAUGGGAUGUUCUGGUGUUGUCAGGGGUGAUAUGAGUGCCCUGCUAGCCAAAAAUGAGCUGUGUGUUGGGGGAGAUCACUGGGACACAAGGCCUGGCCACGUCAAAGCUUUGAACGUGGGCUGCCUGUCGUCCUGCUGAACUUUGCAAGGGAAAGCCAAGUUCCUUUGGGCUGUGCUUAUGACCUUUGAGCUUGUUAUCUUCAGAGCCGCAUGCCUGGCCCUCUCGACUAUAAGAACAGCUCAUUCCAACACAUUCUCCCUGCAUCCUGCGCCCUGACUUUCACCACACACCUACAAGCAGCCAGAGGCCAGCACCAUGGCAAGGGACCAAAACGGGACCUGGGAGAUGGAGAGCAAUGACAACUUUGAGGGCUACAUGAAAGCCCUGGAUAUUGACUUUGCCACACGCAAGAUCGCCGUCCGCCUGAAUCAGACAAAGAUCAUCGAGCAAAAUGGUGACAACUUCAAGACGAAGACCAACAGCACCUUCCGCAACUAUGACCUGGACUUCACGGUGGGCGUGGAGUUCGACGAGUACACUAAGGGGCUCGACAACCGGCACGUCAAGUCGCUGAUCACCUGGGAAGGUGAUGUCUUGACAUGUGUGCAGAAGGGGGAGAAGGAGAAUCGAGGCUGGAAGCAGUGGAUCGAGGAUGGCAAGCUGUACCUGGAGCUGAGAUGCAAAGACCAGGUGUGCAAACAGGUGUUCAAAAAGAAGUGAUGGAUUUAAGGAAGCUGCCUGAGGUCUGUGCUCACCACUCCUCACAGACUUCUCUCCUGCCUUUGAGGAGUGGUCCUGGGGAUCCCCCCCCCCCAACUCCAGUUCCAACUCCUGACAGCCUAUUGAGCCAUCUGGAUGGUUCUGUGUCUGCAUAAGUGUGUGAGAGAAGGACCCAUCCUUCCUUCUU